AUGUCACACCCCAUGAGCUACACCGUCGGCUGGAUUUGUGCCAUCGAAAUUGAAUAUACUGCCGCUCAGACAUUUCUCGACAACAAACACGAUUCACCGGCCUCGUUGUCGCCCCAUGAUACCAAUCACUACACUCUCGGUGAUAUCGUGGGGCAUAACGUUGUGAUGGCGGUCCUCCCGGACGGCGAGUAUGGGACGAGUUCUGCUGCUAUAGUCCUCGCCCAUAUGCUCGAAAGUUUCCCCAACAUCCAGAUUGGAUUGAUGGUCGGCAUUGGUGGCGGUGCCCCUACUCAGAGGAAUGACAUUCGCCUUGGAGACGUUGUUGUGAGCUCGCCAAAGGAUGGAUCAGCUGGUGUCUAUCGAUACGAUUAUGGAAAGACAAUCCAGGGAAGGGAUUUUCUCCAAACAGGAUUUCUGAACCAGCCAUCACCUAUCGUGCGUUCUGCUGUCACUGGCUUGAAGAGCAAAUACAGACAGCGUGGCCAUCGCAUUGAGGAGACCAUUGAAUCGAUCCUGGAGAAGUGGCCGAGAUUAAGAGAAGACUUCUCUCGUCCUCCUCCAGAAAGCGAUCGUCUCUACAUCUCCAGCUUUGUACAUAGCGGUAACGUUUCCUGUGAUGGCCACUGUGCUUUCAGACUGGACAAGAUCAUCACACGCCCACGUCGACAAGUGAAUCAGGAUAACCCACGUGUUCAUCAUGGAAUCAUUGCUUCGGGCAAUCAGUUGAUGAAGGAUGCCUUCAUACGCGAUCAGUAUUCCGAGGAACAGAACAUCUUAUGCUUCGAGAUGGAAGCAGCUGGAAUCAUGAACCAACUCCCAUGUCUCGUCAUACGAGGUAUAUGUGACUACAGUGAUAGUCACAAGAGUGACAAUUGGCAAGGAUAUGCAGCGAUGGCAGCGGCAGCCUACACUAGAGACCUGCUGGGAGAGAUGCACCGAACCCAAGUUGCUGGCCGUCGAUCAGUAGUCUUAAUUAUGCUCACGCUUGUUAUCAUCCUGGCAAACUUGCUUGCUAGCCUACUGGAGUGGCUCGGAAGCAUAUUUGUCGCGACGAUAGGGAAAGCUUUUGGCAUCUGA